AUGGAUAAACAAAUCUGGAGCCUUUAUCAGGGCUACACUUCCGGCCAGUCAAUUGAAAUAAAAGUCGAAAUAACAGCUAAUCACUUGGGUUACUUUGAAUUUUCCCUCUGUCCUCUUAACUCAAGCAAAGACAUCGAGACGGAGGAGUGCUUUGAUGCACAUCCCAUUCAUCUAGCUGAUGGCAAUCUACGUUACCAAUUGGGAAAACGUGGCGGUUUCAUAAAAAUCCAAGCUGUCCUUCCAGAAAAUAUGAAAUGUCCUCAUUGCGUCUUAAGGUGGCACUACCGCACUGGAAACAAUUGGGGUAUUUGCAAGGAUCGCACUGGGAGACUUGGCUGUGGUAACCAGGAAAUAUUCCGCGGAUGCGCUGAUGUAUCAAUUAUUUAA